AAAAUGGAGAAAAGCCAAACUCAGUAUCUUUGCAAAAAGCCAAAGGUCUGGAGAAACACUCUUGAUGAAGAGUCUUUCAUGUUCAAGAAUGUAAUUCCCUCCAUUAGAGAAAAGACUAAAGAGGAUAUGAAGAAUAAUGAAAAAGAUGUUCGUGUUGAUCCGUCAGAGGCCAAUGUCUUUAAGUCCUUCCCGAUAAAUUCUAUCAGCUGGGUUAGCAAUAAGUUGUACUACUAUUCCAAGGACAAGAAGUUAUACACCUUACUUGACUAUACAAAGGGAGCCAAUGCUUCUAUAACUAGCAUUAAGCUGGUAAGCAAGGAUGGCAAGGAAGAGUUAUCAUUGGAUGAUCCUAAUGACAUAUCUUCACUUAGGGACUAUAUUAACAUCAACAUUAAGAUAUACUCUGAACAUGACUCUGGAGAAAUUGUUUCUAUUCCUGUUAAGCUACAGAAUAAACUCUCAUCUGAGCUUAGCGAUCAGAUCGAGGGUAUCACAGGUCUUACUUUUGGCUUGUUCAAGUUCUUUUGAAGAUCUUUUGUUGUGGAUGGAGAAAAAUAUCUCAGUUCGUACGAAGAUAUCAAUGAAGGUAUGACAUUAAUAGCCGCAGCUGGAUUUUCGAAGCCUUACAAAUUUAAAAGGUUUAAGAAGGAUUAUGAGUAUCCGUAUUGGGGGUACUCUAUGGGCACAACAGAUGCAAUGAGCUUCGUCCCUAAUAAGGCAGUUAUUCUCUAUGGGUUUACUGUUUAUGCUUCAGACCAACUCCAAUUCGAAAUUAAAUACAAACUUUAUGUUGACGACAAGGUGGUCGAAGAAAAUGAAAUGACUCUAUCUGAUUGGGAAGACAAGUUUUACAAGAGAAUUUAUCUUCAAAGCUUUCAUAUGAUUCCAGAAGGUGCCAACCUAGAGAUAACCUGACAGAUUGCUAAAAACUUUACAGGCUCUGAUACUUACAUCUCUACCUAUUAUGGAGAGCAAGGUAAUGAUUGGAAUGAUGUUCCAAAUGAUCAUAUGGGGCUCUGGACAGUCCAAGCUUCUCCAAAAAGCUGUAGUUCAAGUGUUUGAUCUGGAAACUUCCCAGAGAUCUUAUACUACAUCUAAUCG